AUGCAGCCUGCUGUGACUUGUCGUGGAAUACCCCAAGUGCAGGAAGAAAUACUCAUUGAAAAUCAGCAUUGGUUCACCCGGACAGCGGAACAGCCUGCCAUGACUUCAAUCGCCGAGCUACCCAAGUCGGCGAAUGCUGGCAAAGCCAUGCUAGGCACGCUGACUGGAUUUCCCAGACUGGAGCCCGCUUUUACAUCACGCCUCUAUCCGGCAUCGCCCUUUUCAGUCGGAACUUCUUCCAAAGGCGGUACUUUGCAAGUGGUGCCCAUAUCCCACGGCACUGUCGUCAGUGAGCCAAGUUUUCCGACCCAUCUUGACGCGGAGUACACAUUUGGGGCCGAUUACGUACGGAUGGAACAAUGUCAGACUCACGUUCGCAUCUCCGUCAAAGCCAUUCUGAAGAAUAGCGAUGGUGCCGUGAUAUCGUACUGCUACAAGGGGCUGGUGGAGGUCAGCCCGGAGUUCCUACUCAUCCUUACGAACGACCCCAGGGCGCGAACAACGGCCUAUGGAAAUUCCAUUUCCCACGUAACGUUUGAGACGGGUUCUGAUUCAUUGAAGCAUCUUGAACAUAGUCUCUUCGUUGGGAGUGCGCAUUUUGUAGUAACGGAGGGCGGGAAAUAUUUCGUGGAAACUAAGAUCAGCAGGGUAGUCGGGUAA